AACACACAAACCAUCCUCUGGUUAAUUUAACGUUACCAGUAUAAUAAACUCACCUGAGACAAACUGUUAUUUGGAUAUGAACAGCGGGACAUCAAGCUGUGUGUGCCCUCAGAUAAACAUCAGUCUUCAGACCAAAAUAAAGGACUUUACCACUAACUUACCAUCAGCAGCAGAGUUGCAACCAACAACUCCAAGCAGGGAAACUAAAUCAUCUUCAACUAUUCAAUGUGACCACUGCAUAGAGGCACGACCGGUGGCCAUAAGGACUUGUCUGACUUGUGAUGCCUCAUUGUGCCAGGCGCACACCCUGCUGCACCAGCAGAGGUCUACUCUGAGGAAGCACACGGUUGUGGAUGUGACAAGCGAUUUGCUAUCUCUGAAGUGCAAGGAUCAUCAUGAUGAGCUCAAGUUCUUCUGUAUGGAGGAAAAGGUACCUGUGUGCUGUAUGUGUGUCCUGGUUGGCAUGCACAAGAACCACAAAGCAACUCAACUCCAUGAAGCCUGUGCAGACUUCAAGAGCAUGUUAGAGACAUCUAUGAACCAACUGCUAAAGCGAAGAUGUGACGCAGAACAUGCCAUCAAAGACCUGGAGUCACUGUAUACACAAACAGUAGAGUCUGCUGCAGAGUUCAGAGAAAGAAUCUCAGACAAGUACAGCAGGAUACGUGUUGUGUUGGACGGUGAUGAGCGUCUGAUGAUGCAGAUUAUAGAUGCAGAGGAAAUAUACAUGACAGAGUGGUUGGACACCCAGAGGGACAUCAUUGAGGCCCAGAUCAAAGAGAUAGAUAGCCUCAGAGCCUCCAGCAGAUCACUUCUCGAGGAAACAAAUGCUCUAAAAUUCCUACAGCAAAUCACAGCGCAGAAUCUUUGUGACCCUAUGGAUCGAGCACCAAUCCAAGCAGCCGACAAGGAUCAAUGUGAGCCUGAGAAGCUGAAAACAAUAGAGAGGCUGGUGGAUGAGCUCUCUGUGGCUCUGUCCCAACACUUUCCACGAAUGUGGUCAUAUCUAAGUUCUCCUUCGCUGGACUCCAAGACAGCCCAUCCAAAUCUGGAAAUAUCCCAGGACAGGAAGCAGGUGUACUGGAGAAGACAGCCUGCCAGUGAAGCUUCUAGCUCUCAGCCAUAUGACUCCCAGUACAGCGUCCUGACUCAAGAAGGUUUUACUACUGGACAGCACUACUGGGAGGUCAUUGUCCAGGAAAAACCCUACUGGUUGAUAGGUGUGACCACUGGGACUGUCUAUAAAAAAGAUGGUCCAAGUCAGAGCUCCUCCAGCUUGGGCAUGAACAACACAUCCUGGUACAUCUACCAUGGAGAUGGGCAGUACCUGGCAUGUCAUGAUACCCAGGAGAAGCAGCUGUCAGUUGCAAGGAGAGUCAGAAAGCUGGGCAUCCUGGCAAAUCUCCAGAAGGGGGAGCUGUCAUUCUAUGAUGGUGAUGCUAUGACUCUGCUUCACUCUUUCUGCGUGCCCUGCACCGAGAUUCUGUACCCGAUGUUAAACCCAUGCAUUGAUGUGAAUGGAGUGAACAGGCAGCCACUUACCUUGUUUUGGAUUAAAGACCCUUGGGACUGGCAUGUAAACAAAAAUUGAAGAGUGAACUAAAUUAUUCACUGAUCAAACUUUAUUUUUUUUAUUUACAAUUUUCUUAAUGUUUAUUCUAUUUUUGCUUAGAUUUUAUACAUCAUGUGGUGGAAAAGUCACCUCAAAGCUGAAGAUUGUUGUUGACCAAAUCACUUUCCCUGUCUGCUCCAGGUAAAACUAUGACUGAGAAAACAAUUACUUCUGUAUUUUAUAAAUGUUAUAGCUAAAGCUAAGAUAGAUGAUGAACAUACUACACAUAGCUUUUUACCUCAACCCAUGGGAGAGAUGACAAGGCCCAAAAUAUGAUAUUAUACUGUCCUGUAUAACACUGUGAUCCUUUAAUGCUGUUUAAUAGGAAAUUAGAGCUGAGAAUAAUUAUUUACUGUAGAAUUUGUCUUUUAUUGAUUUUAUGUUUUCCAAUAUGAAUGUCAUUUCUAUAGUUUAUAGUCAUUUUUCUAUUAUCUUGAAUUAUUCACUUCAAGCCUUUAAACAACACUUUUUUGUGGUGAAGUCUAGUUACUCGUUCAGCAGCUUAGCAGCUUUCAUGUUGGACUCUUCAGGAAGUAAAUGAGCCUUGCAUAAAAUACUGGCUUGUUUUUUGUACAACUGACCCCUCAGCUCACCAGACCAUGGAGUACAUGUGCACCUUCAGUCUCAUGUCAGUAGCCCUACAGAGCUGUUGCCCUACCAUGACACAAGCCAUCUGUCACCAAGGACAUUUUCAUACUUUUAAAGCAUAGGCAUAGCCACAAAAAACAGGAUCCCACAGGCAGCUAAUACCAAAAUAACCUACAUAAACUCUACAUUUUAAGUCAGUUUGUGGACGUACACACAUUCCAGCACAAUGGCUCUCCUAAACUGAUCAGGG